GUUAUCAAAUGUCAAGUGAUAUUUGUCAAUUUCGUGUUUCACAUCAAUUCGAUGUAUUUGCUAUUAUUAUCUGAACUUCAUCAAUUUAAGAAAUAUUGAAAUAUAUCUGGAUACAAUGGCAAUUUUACAUAGGGCUUUAUUUACAUGGUUCAUAUUUUUAGUUUUCUUAAUACUCUUAUGCCUUAGAUUAGAAUCUAGGACUCACUGGAAUUGGUUCAUUGUUUUUAUACCAAUGUGGGUUUACGACAGUAUUUUACUUAUAUACGUGUUGUUUCAUAUGGUGUCACACUGUAGGAAUGGCAUAGAGAGGUUUCGAGGAACUAUAAACAAGAAUGUGUGGUAUAUAGCAGCAAUAGGACUGAAAAUGGCUGCUCAAAUAAUCAUAUGCAUCAAAUUAGAAUACACCAGGGUUAAUCUACCUAUUUAUGUGGUCAUGACUCCUAUUUGGAUGUUACUGCCAGUGCUUUGUGUGGAAGUGUUCAUGCAUUUAAUAAAGCACUCAAGUGGGAGCAGUAGAUACUAAAACAAGCACACUAUGAACCUA